CUCGCGACGCGCAGUCGUUAUUUAUUUCGAAGGGGUAGAUACCGCCGAUUUAUUGACAAUUAUUAUAUUACAUAAAGUGUUAUUUUAGAAUUUGUGUCAAAAAGCGUGAGUGAAGUGGUUAACGGGACAAUUUGAGUGUAGGGCAGUUCCCUACAGACAAAUCCGCAAGUGAGCAAAAAGACAAAAAAAUCCACCAGCGUAACAAAAGCUCAGCCGCGUCACCGACAGACAGCGGGCGGCUUCAAGGGCGCAGCAGCCUCCGCCGACACCGGCCGGCACUGAUCAGAGUGGAGCGAGCCGCGAAGCCGCAUCAUUGCGCCGUCGACGCUUUACCACAACACACGUUUCGCACGGACAGCUUCGAAAAUAAACAAUGCUCACCACGCCGAUCGACACGUUCCAACUGUUGUAAGAAGUUGUAUGCGGGUGUUGAUGUCGGUGCCUGAAGUUAAAGAAUUUUAAUAACAAUGCAUCUACUAAUUGUCAUGAGUGUAAUUGUCUACGCUAGUGCCGAUAUCGUCCAGGGAGACAAAGUGUUUCGUAAGUGUUGUCCAAACAAUCAAAGUUUAAUGAAAGUGUUCGAUGAUGAAUCCUUCAACUUUAGCUCUACUUAUAAGUGUUUAGAUCGUGAAAGUGCGCGGAAUGACUACAACAUUACCAUAAUUCCUCUUUUUGUUGGUAAAAAUGUCUCGGUGGAGUAUGGAAUACCUGAAAUAUGUGAUGAUUUUCCAAUACAGGAGAUAUCUGUUAUAGACUUAAACAGCGCAGUGGUUUUUAAUGGCUGUUACGAUAGGCUUGUGGCAGAAUUACAUAAUGACACAGUAAAAACAAUAAUUCCUUUAAUCGUAGGAUUAAAAAGUUGUGUCGAAAAUGAAGAUAAUAAGACAUCUGCAAAUGCUUUAACCAUUCAUAACUACCGGAAAUGUUGUCCACGAGGGCAGAGCUACGACAGUAAUUUUCAUAUAUGUAGAGACACUGAAGUGAAUAACUCUGAAGAAUGGUUAUUGAAGCGAUUAAAAAUGAAAGAUAAUUUUAUUUACGAGGUGGAUACUGGCCUGCACUGUGAAACUGAUGAGUAUAGCAUAGAGUUAAGGCAGAGGUUCUUUUCUCUUCAAGUGGACGGAAGUACUUUAAAGAUAUUUAGUAAAAAAGGCGACGGUAGCGGCGAUGCUGUGCCAGGACAGUGGUGUGUGGACCGGGAGUUCUCGAGUUCGGAGCUGGUGGCGCGCGUGUGUUCUAGUGAUUGUUCCAAGUACGGUGCGUUUUGUGUGAGGAAGUGUUGUCCCAUCGGGUACCACUACAAGCCUCGGCGCUGUGGCAGCUUCGCGAGCAAGUGUGUGCCGAAUGUGGAUGAUGUGUUAUUUAAUAUAUCAGACUAUAUGGAGCCAUUGCAACAUAAAAAUCCGGAAAUAACAGAUGUAAUGGGAUUUCGCAUCGACUUGCACUGCAAUGCCGGUCGUGUGGUGUUAAACAAGUCCGUGGAACGGGACCGACAUCGGUUGAGAUCUGAUGGUCGUCUGAUUUCACCAAUCAGUGUGGGCGAUGGCUACUGUUUCGAGGCCUUUGAUAGCCGCUUCUGUCCUGACGGUAACAUCUUCAUCACUGCCGUCAACUGCUUCAUAAAGGCUCCCGAAGUCGUGAAGAACUUUCAAGUAUCAUUCUUCUUGAUCAGUAUAUCGAGCGUGUGCCUGGCGCUGACGCUGUUGGUGUACAUAUCACUUCCGGAGCUCCGGAAUCUACAUGGACGCACCCUUAUCUGCCAUGUCAGUAUGAUGCUGCUCGCGUUUGGCUGCCUCGCGCGUGCCCAACACAGCCGAGUAGCUGACAACACUACCUGCACUCUAAUUGGGUACGGGAUCUACUUCGGCUUCGUGGCCGCGUUCGCCUGGCUCAACGUCAUGUGCUUCGACAUCUGGUGGACAUUUGGGAGUGUCCGCUCCGUUCAGCCGAUGCGCAAAGCCAACACAGAGUUACGUCGGUUUCUCUGGUACUCCUUGUACGCGUGGAGUACGGCGAUCCUCCUCACUCUCGUCAUGUUCAUCUUCGACAAGUACCCGGUCUCCGACUACCUGGACGCCAACAUGGGGGAAGGAUUAUGCUGGUUCGGAACUUAUCAGAACGCGCGGAAUGACUGGCCGCACUACAUCUACUUUGUAAUCCCCAUGGGGCUUGUGACGUGCACCAACUUCGUGCUCUGGGUGCUGACCGCUCGACACUGCGCGAGAGUCAAGUCCGAAGUUCAUCGCCUCCAAGCCGGCUCCGUCGGUGACCGAGUCAAGAGACGAUUCCGAGUCGACAGGGCAAAGUACGUGUUGACCGGUAAACUCUGGAUAGUGAUGGGUGCCGGCUGGAUCUCCGAGCUAAUGUCCACGAUAGUAUCACAGCCGUGGUGGUUGUGGACCAUCAUCGACCUAAUCAACGAGCUCCAAGGAGUUUUUAUCUUCCUCAUUCUAGUUAUGAAGCCCAAACUUUAUUAUCUCAUCAGAAAGCGGCUAGGUUGUUCAUCGAUACCGAUUGACACAAGGUUGGAGAAGCCGGAUGCUCAGAAGAACGGUACAUCGUCGUCAGCACGGACGUCUUCCACGUUCCUGUCUCGAGCGCUCAGCACUGACGAGCGCACCAACACGCGGCUCUCUCUACAGAACAAUGUCAAGCAGCCCUAACUGUGUGGAGUCACUCCUAAAUCUGCAUAUUCAGGUUACUGUGGCCGAAAUUAUUAAACAUGCGUUACAUAACUUUAUUAUUAUUUUUUUAUUUAUAAUGAGUGGAAAAAUUACUAUAUAAAAGUCUUCAGGGAAAAUUCUAUUUUGGAUUUUACAAUUUUAAAAAAGAAGAAAUUGUUGAAUUUAUUUAAUUUUAUUUCGGCCACAGCCUGUAUAUAUUAUCCGACACAAUAAUUUGCUUCUGAUAGCAUGUACUUGUUGGCAUCGAAUCACCGUCUACAUUUUAAUAUUUUUUCAAAAUUAUAUUAAUAUUGAUCUAGUCAUAGAUUAAGUGAUUAUUAAACUGUCAUCGUUCAUUUUGUGGACUUGAAAUGUUUUGGAUAUGCUUUGGUUGUAUGAAUGAGAGGCUCUAAAGUCUAACAUAAAAAUAUGAUUGUGAGUGAAGUGCCUAUGCGAACAUGGAGGCUGUUUUGAACAAAUCUUGAGUUUUAAUUACACAUUAUACAAUAUAACUGUUAGUUUUUAAGUAUACUGUCUUAUUCCAUAACUAUAUAAAUGUACAUACAUACAUAGGUGCGUUAGGUGAUUAAUAGACAAUACGCACAUUGUUGAUCCAAGUGGAACCUUGGAAAAGUAUUGAUUUAGGUCCUCACUCGUUUGUCUACCUUCUAUACUUUGCUGUUCAUAUUAAUAUUGUUAACGCUAUUUAGUUUGUUAAAUGAAAUAUUUAUAAGGAUCAAGUUAUCUUCGACUUGUGCAUUGACGACCUAUAAAAACAAAAAAAAAAGGAAGACUUCAAGACUAAUUUUAGUAAUCAAAACAAUUUUGAUAUGAAUAUAAUUAAAUUUUAACCGGUAAUAAAUGAGUGAUGACUUAUUUACUUAUGCAAAGAUAAAUCUUCAAAAGCUUUGUUGGGAUCUGUGAUGGAAGUACUUGGAUUUGAAAUUAAUGUCUAAUGAAAUCAGCUGUUUUCUGUGUUAAGAUGUUACGGUGCUAUACAAUAGUAGUAUAAUUAAUUGCAUUUUUACCAAUUACUUGUGCCUUUGUAAAUGAAUGUGCUGAAGGUAGAUUGAAUCUUCCAGAAGCCUUAUAUUUAAGCAUACAAGCACACGUUUGUUUAUUUGAUGGAAUUUUAACAUGUUCAUUUUCACCACUCGACACUGGCAAUAUGGUCGACAAAACCGUUUUGGAGACUCGAUUGCCAAAGAAGAAAAAAAAAAACAUUAUUUUAGUCAACUUACAUUAGUAUUUUUGUCACAUUACUUACCAUGUUUGUUUAUUUUUACCUGGCAGAUUGCUAAAGUAUCUCUUUAAUAAAACAGUAUUUCUUUUUUAUAAUUUUACAUAGUACUAUUGUAAUGUAAGAUAAUGUUACGAAGCUGAGCCCUGUGUAAUUUCGCAAAAGCCAAUGCAAUUUGUUUUAGCAGCAUUUUUUGUAUUUUGCAAAAACAGGGCUCUAAAGUAUUGUUUUUAUGACUUAUGGUUUCUGACAGCGCUCGUUAAGACGUUUUUCACUAAAAAACUAGUCUCUAAAUCAAAAGAAAAGUAUUUUACUUACAUUGGAUCCCCAUUGUAAUCAGCUUUGUAAGAACGCUGUGUGACGCUCUCUGACUGAAUAUUUGAAACGUGAAUAAAAAAUAAUUUUAUAAUAGUUUUUUGACAGCUAUAUAAAUAAUGUUUAUACGUGUUGAAAUUUAAUUAAAUCUACAUUUUCUACAUAACCACGUUCAUCCUACGAUCAUCUCAUAGUUAGAUUUAAUAUAAGUUGUAUAUGUUACACAAAUCCAAUAUAUGUGCAACCAAUAUUAUGUUCCACAAUGUACCUUCAGAGCACCUAGUUUUAAUAGUUAUUAUGCAUAAUAAUUAAAUAUAAGAUUAGAUAAAACACUUAGAAUGUAUAACGCCUUCACGAAUCUAUAUUUUUAAUUAGAAUAAAAAAAUGGAUUAGGAAAAGACGAAAAAAUAAAAACAUUCUUCA